CGGAGUAUUUGCAGGAUUAGGGUUUCUUCUCCAGCGGCACUCCAUCGUCAUCUUCUCGGCCGAAGUCGGAGAGCUCAGCAAACAUGGGGAAGACACGUGGUAUGGGAGCUGGGCGCAAGCUGAAGAAACACCGAAGGCAGCAAAGGUGGGCCGACAAGGCUUACAAGAAGUCCCAUCUUGGAAAUGAAUGGAAUAAACCAUUUGCUGGUUCAUCUCAUGCCAAGGGCAUUGUCCUUGAGAAGAUAGGUAUUGAGGCUAAACAGCCAAACUCUGCCAUCCGGAAAUGUGCUAGGGUUCAACUUAUCAAGAAUGGGAAGAAGAUUGCAGCCUUUGUUCCGAACGAUGGUUGCUUGAACUACAUUGAAGAAAACGAUGAGGUGUUGAUUGCCGGAUUCGGUAGGAAGGGUCACGCCGUGGGAGAUAUUCCUGGGGUCAGGUUCAAGGUUGUCAAGGUUUCUGGGGUCUCACUUCUGGCUCUCUUCAAGGAGAAGAAGGAAAAGCCAAGAUCUUGAUUUGCAAUUCCACCCCCAGUGCCUUCUUAUAUUUAUGCUAUUUUGUGUUGUCAUCAGAAUUGAGCUUGUGUUUUUUUCUUUUUCAUGAAACUUUCAGUUUUUACCAUGUAGCAACUGUUCUGGAAUUUUGUUGGCUGUUUAAUUACCAUGUUCUGGUUGAACCAAAUGCCUAUGUGUUCUCAAUAUCCAAUUUCCUAAGUAGAUUAUUUCCAAGUGAUAUUAACAGUUUUGCAUCAUCUACUGGUCUCUAUAAAGGGAUUGUAGCGCC